AGAGGAAGUCAUGGCGAACACAGAAGGACCCGAGCCCCCUCGGACUCGAAGAAAUAGUAAUAAAAACAUCCUUACAAGGAUCAGACAUGGACAAAGCUCUGGCCGGGCAAUUAGUCGAGCGACAGAGAUAUCUGAGGCCCUACUCCAGGAAAGAGACCAACAGGCCCAGUGGCAUGGGAUUCCAGUGCUGCUGCAGAGACUGUAUGACAGCAGUCACCUCAACAGUGACCUCUCCCAGAUCCACUCCAUCAUCAAGGAAGUGUCACCUUUUCUCUCCAUGGAGGCUAUGUCGUUUGUGACAGAGGACAGGAGAACAGUGCAGAAGUCCACCUGUCCCAACACAUACACCUUUGACCUCUUUGGAGGCAUUGAUUUACUAGUGGAGAUUCUGAUGAGACCCACCCUCACCACACAGAUGAAUGUCCCUAAAAUGAGUGAUGACCUUGUCAAGGAUUGUUUAAGUGUUCUGUACAAUUGUUGUAUAUGUAUGGAAGGAGUCACAAAAAGUCUGGCAUCACGAGAUGACUUUGUCAUGUUUUUGUUUACACUGAUGUCAAACAAGAAAACGUUUUUGCAAACAGCCACAUUGAUUGAGGACAUUCUAGGGGUCAGGAAGGAGAUGAUCCAGCUGGAGGACAUCCCCAACCUGCCAAGUCUGGUCCAGAGUUUCAAUCAGCAGCAGCUAGCCAACUUCUGCCGCAUCCUGUCAGUCACCAUCUCUGAGCCAGACAUGGGCAACGAUGACAAGCACACGCUGCUGGCCAAGAACGCCCAGCAGAGGGCCAACCCCUGCCCGUCCCACUCUGAAGUCAACCAGGUGGCCCUGCUGAACAUCCCGGGCUUCAUUGAGCGGCUAUGUAAGCUGGCCACCAGGAAGGUGUCGGAGGCCUCGGGGCCAUCCAGCCUGCUGCUGGAGCUUCAGGACUGGUACACCUGGCUGGACAACGCCCUGGUGCUGGACGCACUCAUGCAGAUGGCCACAGAGGACGCCGAGCAGAGCAGCACAGAGUCCUCAGACGAGAGUUCUCUGGCCACCAGCCCUCUCAGACACCGUCUGCCCCAGUCCAUGAAGAUUGUUCAUGAGAUCAUGUACAAGGUGGAGGUGCUCUAUGUGCUCUGUGUGCUACUCAUAGGCCGCCAGAGGAACCAGGUUCACAAAAUGCUGGCAGAGUUCAAACUGAUUCCAGGACUUAACAACCUGUUUGACAAGCUGAUCUGGAGAAAGCAAACAUCUUCCCAUGUCCUCCAUGGCCAGAACCAAAACUGUGACUGCAGCCCGGAGAUCUCCUUUAAAAUCCAGUUUCUACGAUUACUCCAGAGCUUCAGCGACCAUCAUGAGAACAAGUAUCUCCUCCUGAACGCUCAGGAGCUGAAUGAACUCAGUGCCAUCUCUCUGAAAGCCAGCAUCCCUGAGGUGGAGGCUUUUGUCAACACAGACAGAAAUCUAAUAUGUGAUGGUAAAAAGGGCCUCCUGACACGGCUACUUUCAGUCAUGAAGAAAGAACCAGCUGAAUCCUCAUUUAGGUUCUGGCAGGCGAGGGCGGUGGAGAGCUUCCUGAGAGGGGCCACCUCCUACGCUGACCAGGUGUUCCUGCUCAAGAGAGGCCUGCUGGAGCACAUUCUGUUCAGCAUCAUAGACAGUGGCUGUAAGUCCAGGGACGUGCUGCAGAGCUACUUUGACCUGCUGGGGGAACUCAUGAAGUUCAACAUCGACGCCUUCAAGAGGUUCAACAAAUACGUCAACACCGAGGAGAAGUUCCAGAUGUUUAUGACCCAGAUCAACAGCUCUCUGGUGGACUCCAACAUGCUGGUGCGCUGUAUCAUCCUGUCCCUGGAUCGCUUUGAGAGCCAGAUUGAGGAUGUGAGCGUUGUGGAGGUGCUGUCAGAGUGCAGUCUGCUGUCCUACAUGGCCCGCGUGGAGAACAGACAGGCCUUCCUAUUCAGGCUCGUCAACAUCAUCAAUGUGCAGAUACUCACCCAGGAGAAUGUGAGCUGUCUGAACACCAGCCUGGUAGUGUUGAUGCUGGCCAGGAGGCGGGACAAACUGGCCUUCUGUCUCAACGCCCUGAGGGAGAAGGAGUACGCUGAGAAAUACCCCGGCUGCCUGCUCAACAACUUACACAACCUGCUGCGCUUCUGGCAGCGCCACUACCUCAACAAGGACAAGGACAGCACCUGUCUGGAGAACAGUUCCUGUAUAUCAUUUACCUACUGGAAGGAGACUGUGUCGGUUCUGUUGGACUCAGACCCGACUUCACUAUGUGCCAUAGCCAGCUACAUCGACGAGGCCUACAUGGAUCUGGGCAGAGACUUUCUGGAAGUGUAAAACCUUGAUUGCUGCCUCUGGAUGGAUGGAGGAGAGUCAAUGUCUCCAUUCACCUACAAACUGAAAGAUCUGAGCUCUCACUCCUCCAUAUAGCUGUUAUUCAGGGAUCCUUAGGUCUACAGAAUGACUGUGUGCAUAGUUUUGGGCUUGUGUGUGUUAAGUGUAUGAGUGGACACUUGUGUCAUGUGUGUGGAGCCGUGUUGGGGUGUAUAACAUGUCGGACUUGGGAGUGUCCAUUCUAUUGUAGCUGUGGAGGAGAAACAGUCAGCAGCCCCAGAGGACUGAGGUUCCUUCAGCCUUUCACUAAUAGUAUGGAUAGGAUCUCUCCUACCCUCUGGUUAAAAAUU